GAUGUGUCGGAUGCAGACGGAAAAAAAGAUGAAACAUGGUCGAAAACUGAUAAGUAGCCUAGCUGUAGCCUGGGGUGUAAUAAUUUGUCCAAACAGUUUGCUUUCGUUUAAGACAAAUUUUGCAACAGAAUCGGCGUAAUGAAUACACCCUUAGGCUACUACGCUACAGGGACAGAUUCAUUAUGCAGAAAUCGAUCCGCCAUUUCCUGGUUGCAAAAAUUCUGAUAGUUCGCUUCGCCUAAUUUCAGUUUGUGACAAAACAAGCAGUCAUUGGGUAGAGAAUCAGUGUACGAUCUAAACCGCUGUGAAAUGUAUAUUUCCAUAACACAUAAUAUUGUAUAUUCAUCUGUUUGAAGCUGGCGUGUAAAACAGAAUGUAAAAGACGCAAAAACGAAACUUCAGCACGGGAAGCAUAGAAGUAGCACACAUAGAACAGAAGUACCGCUUCUUAUACUUGCUUUCAAUGUGAAUGAAAUAUCUAUAACUCAUAGUUCUAUGGGAAUUUGUUUGGUUCUCCCCAAAAGUUACAUAUUGUAGCAAAGGGCCAGGUCAGCAUCACCAGCCAGAGGGCGCUCAGAUUCAGAUGAUUUUAUUUUGGAGAGGAAGUUAAAUAGUAGGUGGUUUGAGAGGAAUCGGAGAAACAGAAGCCGUUUAUAUUCGCAAUGGAAACACAUGAUGUUGUUUGAUUCACUUGCAUUUGACUUGGCUACUUUAAAUCGCGGUCGUAUAAGCGAGCUGCUGAAAGCGAUGGUUAAAGCGAUGUUUAAAGUUUGAGACCGAUCGAAUCAAAGUCAAGACAAAAAGACGAUCGUUGAAGAGGAUUAAAAGCGCCCGGAAACCUUUAUUUAUCUCUUCUUUGAUCAGAUUCUGCUCACUUAAUUCAUUAUUGGUGACCAGUUCCCUGGUGUUUUGUUGUUGCAGUUGAGAGGUAGCACAUCGGAGGAAGAUGUAAAACCACAGCCAUGUGGUUUAUUUUCUUUCCAUGUAAGUUAUUAGGCCUACAAUGUAGCUAUUUUCUUCAUCACAGAAUACGUGUUUUAAGUAAAUCGGCAUACUUAGGGUUAUUGUACAUUAUUGCCACAAGAUCUACUAGGAAGUGCAACAUUUUCAUAUAAUGUAGCCUAAUUCAAAAUAAUUGAUUGGACCACAGACUCUUGCCUCUCUUGUUUACCGUAGGACAGCCGUCAAGCACGAAAUGGACACAAAACAACUCAUAAACAUCCUUUUAAACUUUACAUUUACUUUUUAGGGGCCAAUAAUGUUGCUAAAUCGCAUUGUUUUUGCAUUCAUACAUUUUUUUUAAAUCACCAAGCCCACAGCAGUCAGACCUGUUUCUAUUGGCAGUGCCCCAAUCUGCCAGAUUUGUGAUGCAUAAUCUUCAGAGAAAAAAAACGAUAUUUCCAAUUUUGACUGUUUUAGAUAAUCCCAAAUUAUUAACAUUUAUUUUAUGCAUUAGGAUUAUUUAUUUACAUCCCUCCUAUAAAUUAUUCAUAUCUAAUUCAUAAACCAUUCUUUCUCCUUCAUGCUAUAUCUACAUAUCUAUAUGUGCUAAGAGCUCAUAUUUCUCUAAGGAGGCUAAUUUUAGUAAAGAAAAAAAGGGUUGGAUUACGUCCCUCUGCUUCCUACAACUGACAUCUGUUACCAGUUGAAGUAUCAUUCCCUCUGAAAAUAGCAGCAAACAGGAAAUUGCUCACACACUGAAGUCUCUUCAGGUUCCCGUGUGAGGUCAUAAAGAUGGGACGCGGCGGUGUGGGAAGCAAAGCUGGCGCUGGUGGCUGACAGGCCCCUCCAGUGGCCAAUCAGGAUGCAUGUCUCCUCGAUGGGUGUCAGCAAGCUCUGCUUCCUGUUCUCCCUGGCUCUCUGUGCCCUGUUGCUCCUCAUCCCCACCCUCCAGCCCUCACAGCAUCAGGGGGACCUGCCCCAGCCCCGGGCCCACAACAAGCCUGCCCGGCACCCUGGACAUCUGGUGGUUCCUCUCCAGGCAGAUAUGGGGAAAGUGACAGUGGGGCGUAAUGGGAUUGAUGGUGACUCUAUGGGGCAGAGCACACCACGAGAGACCAAGAGGACUGUGGUUGGGGACUGGGUGUAUACAGCUCGUCGAGCUGACACCCAGGGCACUGGGAAGCAUACAGACUCUCAGACAGGGUCAGAGGGGGACUUCCUCCACAGAGCUGGGGGUGUGACGGGGGCUGGAGGGUCUCGGCCCAGGAACCCUCUGGAGCUGAAAGACAUUUUUAUAGCGGUGAAGACCACCAGGAAGUACCACAAGUCCAGAUUGGAUCUGCUGUUCCAGACCUGGGUGUCCAAAGCCAAAGAACAGACCUUUAUAUUCACAGAUGGGGAGGAUCAGGAGCUGAGGAGGAGAGCAGGGGCUAACGUCAUCAACACCAACUGUUCAGCAGCACACACGCGCCAGGCCCUGUGCUGUAAGAUGUCUGUGGAAUACGACAAGUUCAUCGAGUCACAGAGGAAUCUGCUGAAGCUGCUGUCCUCCUACCACCACACGCAGGAUGUUUACCUGGGUCGGCCCAGCCUCGACCACCCCAUAGAGGCCGCAGAGAGGGUCAAGAGUGACGGAUCUGUGUCAGUGAAGUUCUGGUUUGCUACAGGAGGAGCAGGGUUCUGUAUCAGUCGUGGUCUGGCCCUCAAGAUGAGUCCAUGGGCUAGUCUGGGCAACUUCAUCAGCACGGCGGAGAAGAUCCGUCUCCCUGACGACUGCACCAUGGGUUACAUCAUCGAGGCGCUGCUGGAGGUGACACUGACACACACACACCUCUUCCACUCCCACCUGGAGAACCUGCAGAGGCUUCCCACAGACACCGUGCUGGAGCAGGUCACUUUGAGCUACGGGGGUUUUGAGAACAGGAAGAAUGUGAUCAGCAUUGGAGGAGCCUUCUCUCUGGUGGAGGACCCCUCACGAUUUAAGAGUGUCCACUGCCUCCUCUACCCAGAGACUGGCUGGUGUCCUAGUAAGGGUCACCAUUGAUGGCCAGUAUAGCAUAUCUACAAUACUUCCUACCUGCCUGGUUGACUGGUGUCCCUGUGUAUGCUAGCUAUAUCAUUGCCAUGGCAAAAUAAUGACAAGGCCAAACAGGUUCACUGGCACCCAGGCUAACCCUACAGAACCACUACACUCAGAUCAAAUGGCUAGACGUCUGUGGGUCUUUGAGCGGACAUGAGGCGAGACAAGAUUAGGUAACUGGAGCGAGGAUCACUUUGGUCAUGGUGGGAUGAUGAAGAAACACCCCACUACUUUGUCUUAUCACUACUGUACCCUCCACUCAACGCAGGAAGUUGCUGCUGUUGGCUGUUGCCGUAGCGAUGUUUCACCACUCAUUGCUUUUGUUGUAGCUUUGAAUCCCAAACAUACUACUGUGGUCCAGAGAUAUCUUUGAAGAAGUAUUAAUGUAUUUAAAUGACUGUUGAAAAGGUACCUUAAGAUGCUGAACAUGGUGAAAUGUAAAUGUAUUUGCUUUUAGGUCCCAAAAAUGUACUGGACUGGUGUUUUAUUAUGAGGGCUCAUGACCAGAAAUCAUCAGAGGUGAAUAUCUGAUAUCAGUGUUACAUUAAGUAAUGCCUGAGAGCCGUUUGUGGCUGUUUAACGGAGUCAAGAACGUAGCAUAAGCUCACUCCACAGCUUGCUUGAAAUGAUCAUUUUGUAUAGGUCAAAUGUGUGUUUGCGAGCAGAGGAUCACUAGUCCCCUGGUAUGGGGACAGUGGAGGAAGCCAUAGUGUUAGCAGCAUACUGACAUCAGUUUCACUUUACAGACAACCCUUGUUGUGCCCCUCAUGUCCUGAAGUUCAUUUCUUACCAGAAGACGUUUCAAACUGGUGUCUGUACAUGUGUGUGUGCAACCUAACUACUCAGUCAGAAUGAUUUCAACAUCUUAUAGCCAAAGAUGAUGCCAGUGCCUUAUGUUUCAGUCAACUAGACUUUGGAAAUGCACAUGACAAAUGUUUUAAAGGAAUGAAACUGUGAUAGUACUGUAUGAAUAAAAAUGUGUGCACCACACACACACACACAGCCUUGCAGUAACCAAAACAGACUCUGAUCAUGAGCACACUAUCUUAAAGAUCAUUCAUUAGAUAUUUGUUGUUGCCUCUAAGUGUUUCCCACAAUGCAUGUUACAAGUUAUUUCUCUGUCAAAAAGACACGUUUUGCACUCAUCUCAAUUCCUGUGUAUAAUAUUUCUGUGUAUUAAAAGUUACGGUAGUGUUGUAAUGUGUGAGCUUGAGCUGGAAGUACAUGUCUUUUCCUGAUGGCUCACGCUCUCCCUUUUUGCACAAAAACACUAGAAUCCAAAACCAGAAUCUCUUUCCCCGCUGCAGGUCAGUGUCAGAGAGGGAGAUAAGAGUCUGACUCCAGUCAGGAUGGGAUUUUUCCUCUUCUUCUGUCCAACUUUUUACCGUUGAUGUAUUGUUUUGUGUUGAAUAAAGCAUGUUUUGCAGCAUUACAAAACAACACCA